ACUGAGGCUUCUCUCUCUGUCUCUCUCUCUCCUGCGCGGGGACAACACCAACAGCACCAAUAAUCACUCUGCACGAAUUAAGAUCUAAAAAUGGAAGACGAUAUCGCUGCACUGGUUGUUGACAAUGGCUCCGGUAUGUGCAAGGCCGGUUUUGCUGGAGAUGAUGCCCCUCGUGCUGUCUUUCCAUCCAUCGUUGGUCGCCCAAGACAUCAGGGUGUGAUGGUUGGUAUGGGACAGAAGGACAGCUACGUAGGUGAUGAAGCCCAGAGUAAAAGGGGUAUCCUGACCCUUAAAUACCCCAUUGAGCACGGUAUUGUCACCAACUGGGACGACAUGGAAAAAAUCUGGCAUCACACUUUCUACAAUGAGUUGAGAGUCGCCCCUGAAGAACACCCAGUCCUGCUCACAGAAGCCCCCCUGAACCCCAAAGCCAACAGAGAAAAGAUGACACAGAUCAUGUUUGAGACCUUCAAUACCCCAGCCAUGUAUGUUGCCAUCCAGGCUGUGCUGUCCCUGUAUGCCUCUGGUAGAACCACUGGUAUCGUGAUGGACUCUGGUGAUGGUGUCACCCACACUGUGCCCAUCUACGAGGGUUACGCCCUGCCCCACGCUAUCUUGCGUUUGGAUUUGGCAGGUCGUGAUCUGACAGACUACCUCAUGAAGAUCCUGACCGAGAGAGGCUACUCUUUCACCACCACAGCUGAGAGAGAAAUUGUCCGUGAUAUCAAGGAGAAACUCUGCUACGUUGCACUGGACUUUGAGCAAGAGAUGAUGACCGCCUCCUCCUCCUCCUCCCUGGAGAAGAGCUAUGAGCUGCCUGAUGGCCAGGUGAUCACCAUUGGCAAUGAGCGAUUCAGGUGCCCUGAGGCUCUCUUCCAGCCAUCUUUCCUAGGUAUGGAAUCUUGCGGUAUCCAUGAAACAACCUUCAACUCCAUCAUGAAGUGCGAUGUGGAUAUCAGGAAGGACCUGUAUGCCAACACUGUCCUGUCUGGUGGUACCACCAUGUACCCAGGUAUUGCUGACCGUAUGCAGAAGGAGAUCACAGCCCUGGCUCCCAGCACCAUGAAGAUCAAGAUCAUUGCUCCACCUGAGCGUAAAUACUCAGUCUGGAUCGGAGGCUCCAUCCUGGCUUCCCUGUCCACCUUCCAGCAGAUGUGGAUCAGCAAACAGGAGUACGAUGAGUCUGGACCUUCCAUCGUCCACCGCAAAUGCUUCUAAACGGACUGUAACUGUCACACAAAGAUCACGCGAGAUGAAUUGGCAUGGCUUUAGUGCUUGUCUCAGGAAUAAAAACUGGAACAGUG